UCAGCCAGAGGAGGAGGAAUAUGCAGAGUGUCUGAACCAGCUCUCCAUGCAGGGAGCUGAUAUAAACGUGCUGCCCUUCACUCGGAGCAGACAGCGCUGCCUCCGUCACUGACUCCGCGGGCCGGGACGCGCUGAGCUCCGUCACAUGCAGAGCGGCCAGCGGCCAUGGCCACGCUGGAGGGCUGCCGCUGCCGCGGUGCCAGCGGCCGGAGCAACAACAGCAGCAUCCUGUACAGCAUCCUAAAGAGUGACAGCCUCGCAGCUGCUGAAGAGCAACAACAACAACAACAACCCCGCCAGCAACAGCAACGAACACUGCAACAAUUGCUCCACAAGACCACCUCCACCUCCUCCACCAUCGCCGGCCCCCCAGCCUCGCUGCAGGAGCUCCGGCAGCAGCAGGCGUGCUCCUGCGGCUCGACGCGCCGCAGAGGCAUCCUCCGCUCCCCGCAGGUGACGUGCAAAGCCGCCUCGGCGGUCCUGGUGAAGACGCUGCGCUUCGUGAAAAACGUCCCCUGUUUUCGCGAGCUGCCCGAGGACGACCAGCUGAUGCUGAUCCGGAGCGGAUGGGCGCCGCUGCUCGUGCUGGGACUCGCACAGGACCGGGUGGACUUUGAGACCACGGAGACGGUGGAGCCCAGCAUGCUGCAGCGCAUCCUCACGGGUUUACCGGACAGGCAGAGCGAGUCGGUGCUGGCCGGCCAGAGCAGGGGGGCAGCCCCCGGGGUCUCUAUCGCGGAUAUCGAAGCUAUCAAAGCCUUUCUGAAGAAGUGCUGGAGUGUGGAUAUCAGUACGAAGGAGUACGCGUACCUGAAGGGAGCCGUGCUGUUUAACCCAGAUGUGGAGGGUCUGCGCUGUCUCCACUACAUCCAGUCUCUGCGUCGGGAGGCGCACCAGGCUCUGAACGAGCACGUCCGGCUGAUCCACCGUGAGGACACGACCCGGUUCGCCAAGCUGCUCAUAGCUCUGUCCAUGCUGAGGACCAUCAGCCCGCUGGUGGUCGCUCAGCUCUUCUUCAGACCCGUUAUAGGGAGCGUGAACAUCGAGGACGUGCUCAUGGAGAUGUUCUACGGGAAGUAACAGUCCAACACGUGGACUGAUGUGAAUUCAGCAGAUUGAGCUGCUGGGUCGGAGGUGAGGACAGAGGACUGAAGCUACAACUACUGUAUGUUGGGAGACGUUCAAGGACUGUGUGAGGACCAACACAAGUGGCAAAGUGUGUGUGUGUGUGUUUGGUUUGUGUGUGUGUGUGUGUGUGUUUGGUUUGUGUGUGUGUGUGUUUGGUUUGUGUGUGUGUG